ACGCAGAAGAUCGAAUGAUGUGUAGAAACGCAGAUCGUUCGACUGGCUUGAAUACUUUAUAAUUGCAUCGUGAGAGUCGUGAAUCUUCACGUGUGAACAAUUUUCACGAAAAAGGGGAAUUUGUGCGCGACAGAUUCAAUAAUAUCAAGCAAUAUCAAGAUGACUCGUAAAAGAAACAGGAGAUCUACUGGAAGGAAGCAUAGUUAUCAGCCACCCGAAGUGUCUUCUCCUGUGGCUGAGACAGAGACUCCUUUACAGACAGCGCAGAAAUAUAAGAAUGCAGGAAAUGUACGUUUUAAAUUGGGAAAAUAUAAUGAAGCCAUUGCUGAAUAUAAUAAAGCAAUUGACAUUUGUCCAAAGGAGAAUGUGGAAGACCUCGCGAUUUUUUAUCAGAACAGAGCGGCUGCAUAUGAGCAAUUGAAAAGAUAUAAUAGUGUGAAGGCAGAUUGUACAAAAGCGUUAGAAUUGAAUCCAAAAUAUGUGAAAGCUCUGCUACGUCGGGCACGUAUUUUGGAGCAAUUAGGGGAUUUUGAAGCAGCUUUGAAGGAUAUUACUAUUGCCUGCAUUCAUGAAAACUUUUCUGAUCAAGUGUCCCUUUUAAAGGCAGAUAUGAUCUUGGAAAAGCUUGUGGAACAACAUUUCCCGAAGAAAUUGACAGACAGAAUAGACACAUUUUUUCUAAUGCCAACUAUGCCUUUUAUCGAAAUAAAUAUUAGAUCUUUCUCUAAAGAUCCAAUACUUUCUAGACUUGAAUAUCCAGAAAACAUUCCAGAAUUUAUCAAGAAACCAUUACAAGCGUUAAAAAAUAGGGAGUACCAUAAUAUAAUAUCGCUGUGCACAGAAAUCAUUGAAAGUCCCAAAUUUGAUAUAUUACCUCCCUCUAAACUAGAGGUGCUGUUAUUACGGGCUACAUUUUACUUAAUUUGGCAGAAUUACGAUGCUGCAAUCCACGAUCUUAAAGUUAUUUUGUCUAGCGAAGAUGUAUGUGAUGAUAUAAGGGUAAACGCCUUGAUAAAGAGAGCAAUUGUAUACAUACAAAUUGAGAUUCCAGAAAUGGCUUUCAAAGACUUUGAAUUAGCCCUUAUCAUAAAUCCAAGUUGCAGUGAUAUCUAUUAUUAUAGAGGAGUGGUAUAUAAGGAAAUACGAGAGCUAAGCAAAGCUAAGCAUGAUUUUGAAAAAGCCGUUGAAUACAAUCCAAACUUCAGCAUGGCACACAUGCAAAAAUGGUACGCAAAUUAUCAGUUUGCAUUGUUGACCGAAAAUAUAUAUUUAAUCGAAAUUACUGUGAGAGACGUUGAGAAAGCUCUCAAUAAGUACUCAAAUUCUCCUGAGUGUGUAUGUUGUUAUGUUUUAUACGCUGAGAUGAUGUUCAGAAUUCAACAGUAUCAAAAGGCUGAUACUUAUUUUGUUAAAGCAAUAGAAAAAGAUCCGGAUUACGCUAUUGAUUAUUUCCUAUUGUGGAACUGUAAUCUUAUUUAUAUUGAGAAAUACGUGAUGAAAGCAUUAAAAUCGGAUAAAUGCUCUGUUGAAGGCAAGCUUAGAGGUUUUGAAGUAUUAAGAAUUAUCGAAAUAACACGAGGGAAUAUAGAGGAAGUAAUAAAAUUAAUUGAUAUGGCUUUAACAUGCUGUCGUACAUUCAAGGAACUACUAUACAUGUAUAGUGAGAGCUCUAUAAAAAUAUGUGAUAUAAAGCUUCGAUUUACACAAAUCGUUCAUUUUCUUCGGUCAUACUCUCAAUUCAUCGAUAUACAAAAUGCCGAGGAAUCCGACAAACAUAUUUCCAUUGACAGCGAUGGACCAUCCAAAGUGCUUUCUCCUGUAGCCGAGUCGGAGACUUCUUUACAAAAAGCGCAAAAGUAUGAGAACGAAGGAAAUAUAUAUUUCAAAACGGAAAAAUAUAAUGAAGCCAUUGCUCAAUAUACUAAAGCAAUCAACAUUUGUCCUAAGGAGAAUAAGGAUAAACUCGCGAUUUUUUAUCAAAGUAGAGCGGCUGCAUAUGAGCAAUUGAAAAAAUAUAGCUCCGUAAAAGCAGAUUGUACAAAAGCGUUGGAACUAAAUCCAAAAAAUAUUAAAGCUAUGCUAUGUCGAGCACGUGUAUUGGAGCGAACGGGGGAUUUAGAAGCAGCCUUGAAGGAUAUGACUACCGUGUGUAUUUACGAAGAGUUUUCUUAUCCUACUUCUCUUAUAAAGGUAGAAAUAAUCUUGAAAAAACUUGUGAAACAACAUACUUAUGAAAAUUGGGCAAACAAAAAGUUACUUAUGCCAAAUAAGCUUUUCAUCGAAUGCUAUAUUAUAUCUUAUUCUAAAGAUCCAGUGUUUUCUAAACUUCGAUGUCCAGAAAAUAUUCCAGAAUUUUUCAAAAAGCCAUUACAAGCGUUAAAAGAUACGAAAUAUGAUGACGUAAUACCGUUGUGUACGGAAAUUAUUGAAAGUCCGGAAUUUAAUACAUUACCUUCAACUAAACUAGAGGUGUUAUUAUUACGAGCUACAUUUUACUCACUUUUGGGCAAAUCCAGUUCUGCAUUCCAAGACUUAGAAUGUAUAUUGAACAUCGAAUAUGCAUCCGAUGAUGUAAAGAUAAACGCUUUGUUAAAAAUGGCGGGCUUAUAUCUAAAGUUCAUGGAUGAUCUAAACAUGGCCUUCAUAAAUUUCGAAUUAGCCAUUAAUAUAAAUCCGCAUUAUAGCGAUAUUUACUAUCACAGAGGACAGACAUAUAUGCACAUGGGUAAACUAAACAAAGCUAAGCACGAUUUUGAAAAGGCUCUUGAAUACAAUCCAAACUUUAGCAUGGCAUGCAUACAAAAAUGCUAUACAGAUUAUCGUAUUGCGAUGUUAAAUAAAGAUGUAAGAUUAGUCGAAGCGGCUGUGAGAGCUUUCGAAAAAGUUUUUGAAAAAUAUACAAAUCUUCCUGAAUAUGCAUUUUGUUAUCAAUAUUAUUGUAAGAUGAUGUCCGAAACUCGACAAUACCAGAAAGCUCAUAUUUAUUUUACUAAAAUAAUAAAGAAAUAUCCGAAGGACACAUCUAUGUCUUCAGUUUACCUGCAGAGAGCCUGUUUGCAAUUUGAUUGGAGCAGUAAUUCUGAAAGUAAAGCUGAAUACCUUAAGAAAGCAAUAGAAUUGGAUGAAAAAUGCAGUUUUGCGUAUAAAUUAUUAGGAAUAGUCGAAAUGAAAAAGGGAAACAUAGAAGAAACAAUAAGAUUGUUUGAUAAAGCUUUAGUAUACUGUCGUACAAUUGAGGAACUGCUACACCUAUACCUCUUGAGAGACACAGCAAGAAUAGAGCUUAAUAUCAAGAAUCAAUUCGGGAAAAAGUAUUUCGGUUUUUUCAGUCGUUAUCUUGGAUUGCAGCUGUUAUAGCAGAAGGCGGAAGAUGUUGCAAAAGACGGAAGAUUUAUCCAUCGAGAGUUUGUUUAUGAUUUUAUGUUAUAAUACUAUUCUCUCUC